AUGUCCCAAGCACCCGCCGAUGAUGGCGACGUGGAGAAACUAGAAGAUCCCAACGAACACUUCCGUUCCCAUGGCGGUGCUCCUCGCCCUAGCCAUGAAGAAAGAGAAGGUGAACAUGGAGCAGCCGAUGGUGCCGCUGACGGUACUACCUCCCAUCCAUCAGACAGGAAGGAGCUGAAGGAAUGGGAAUGUUACGAUAAACUGGGAUACACAUUUCCCUGGUGGAAGAAAUGGGGCAUCCUUACCGUCAUCUUCUGUGUCCAGGUCUCGAUGAAUUGGAAUGCCAGUUUCUACGCUAGCAGCAUCUCGCUGUAUGCUAAGCAUUUCAAUAUCUCCGAGCAGGCAGCGCGUACUGGACAAAUGAGCUUCCUGAUUGCUUACGCCUUUGGUUGCGAAUUCUGGGCUCCGUUCAGUGAGGAGUUUGGUCGAUGGCCGAUUUUGCAGCUCAGUCUGUUCUUUGUCAAUAUCUGGCAACUGCCGUGUGCUUUGGCUCCGAAUUUUGGAACUAUUGUCGUCUGUCGUACCCUCGGAGGUCUUUCCUCUGCUGGUGGUUCGGUUACACUGGGUAUGGUGGCUGAUAUGUGGGAAGCAGAGACACAGCAGUGGGCUGUUGCUUAUGUUGUGCUGUCUUCGGUUGCGGGUUCCGUGAUAGCUCCGAUCGUUGGAGGAUUCGUCGCAACUUAUUUGGAUUGGCACUGGAAUUUCUGGAUUCAGCUUAUCCUGGGAGGCUUUGUACAAAUCCUCCAUUUCCCCGUGCCAGAGACCAGAUGCAGUAUCCUGAUUACUCGCGAGGCUCGCCGACGACGGAAGAAUGGUGAGAUGGUCUGGAGUGGAGAUGAGCUGAAGAAAAAGCGACUCUCUUUCCGAUAUCUCUUUAUGGUGUGGGCACGGCCAUUCAUCAUGUUCCUUCGAGAGCCGAUUGUGCUGUGCCUGUCGCUGCUCAGUGGGUUCAGUGAUGCCCUGAUCUUUACUUUCCUGCAGUCGUAUACGCCAGUAUAUAAACAGUGGGGGUUCAACACGAUCGAUAUUGGGCUUUCAUUCAUUCCAAUUCUGGUCGGAUAUGUGCUUGCCUAUUUCUCAUUCUUGCCGUGGAUACAUCGCCAUUGCCGAGUUCAAGAAAAAGACCCAGAUGGACUUCAGCCAGAAGCUCGAUUACACUGGCUGUUAUGGGUUGCCCCUUUACUCACAAUCGGACUGUUUGGAUUCGCUUGGACUAGUCUUGGGCCGCCCAAUGUGCAUUGGAUAGCGCCUAUGAUUUUCUCCUGCUUGAUUGCUAUAGCUAACUUCUCGAUCUAUAUGGCCACGAUCGAUUACAUGAUCGCUUCGUAUGGCCCAUACUCAGCUUCAGCAACGGGCGGCAAUGGAUUUGCACGCGACUUCCUCGCAGGUGUCGCAGCGAUGUACUCAGUACCAAUGUACCAAAACAUGGGAACGACACACAGAUUGGAAUGGCCGUCUACAUUCUUGGGCUUCAUGGCGAUUAUAUUCACAAUCCCUAUCUACAUCUUCUAUUUCUACGGACCUAGGAUUCGGGAACACUCUCCUUUCGCGCAGACUUUGGCUGCAGACAGGAAGAAGGCUGGACGGAGGGUUUCGCAGUGUGGUUCUGGCGACCCCGAUCCUGUGCAGCGAUAUCUGUCUGGGUCCUCAGCGUGA